CAUCUGUACACUUGCCAACUCUCUCGCACUAUUGUCAAUACCUCACCAUCAACAGAUAAUUUCCAUCGUCUUUAACAUGCACUUCCCAAAAGCAAACUUCGUUUUAUGUCUAAUGGCCAUUAUUGCACUAAUACUCGCUUCACCAACGUUCGGAAUAGGUAUCAAGAGAUCCUUACAAAAAAGGGGUUGCGGUGAUUUGCCUACCUGUGGAAUUUUUAAAUACCAGGAUCAUGCAGAUAUAGACGUAACGCACUGCGUCUUCGGUUCCAACCUCUACGCUUGUAUCAGAGAAGGUAAUCAUCCUUGUGCAUGUGAUAACUGUACCGACAAAGGUAAUGACAACUUUCACUGUGGUGGUUGUGGCUGUAUGGAAUGGUGCUAGAGUUAAGCUGGAUUAACUCUAGGAUAAAAGUAUCAGAUUAGUUUACGAGAUUCCUUUUUUUUAAAUAGCACAUAUGUAAAUUUUAAUUCAGUUUUUAUUAGUUUAUUUGAUAGUUUGGUGAUUCUUUCAUUAUAUUUAUUACAAUUAUGUAAUGAUUUCUCAUUUGAC